UCAGUCUAUUAAGCGUGCUUGAAUGUGCGUUGCGCCAAUUUCGUUGGCCGGCAGUCGCUCGCAAGCAGGUGCGUUGUGCGCGCGUGCGUCCGCCAUAUUUGUUAAACAGCUGAUUUUGCCGCCAACGCGAUCUACAUUGUUCGAUUUAGGUAGCGAAGACGGCGAACCAUAGAUAAUUUACUACUGAACAAAGUUUUGAAGUGUUCACACGGAAAUGAAGAUGACAGUUAAUCGAAUAAGAGUCGUGGUGCUUGGGAGCGCACGCUGUGGCAAAUCUGCUGUUGUGGUUCGUUAUUUAACAAAACGGUACAUCGGGGAGUACAGUUCGACAGGCGAUUUUCUGUAUCAACAUCGGAUCGCCUUCGACGGUGCUACCUCUGAGGUUGAAGUCUUGGAUACUUGCGGUUGCGCAAAACGUGGCUGUUUGGCGGAGCAUCUGAGGUGGGGCGACGCUUUCGCUGUCGUAUAUUCGGUGUGCGAUCGAAGGUCAUUCUUGGCUGCUGCAGAGCUGCUAGCUUUGUUGGAGAGAACGAGGCUUCCUGGCUGCACCGCUGUCACAUUACUCGGAAAUAAAAGGGAUCUGGAACAUGCUAGGGUUAUUAAAGCAGAGGAGGGUCAGGAGUUGUCGUUGCGGUUCGGUUGUCAGUUCUACGAGGUGUCCGCGGCGGAAUCGUGUGCGGGCGCGGCGCUCGCUUUCCACGCGCUGCUCAGGGAGGCGCGCGCCCUCGCUCUGUUACUGCCCGCGCCCAGACGCAAGCUCGCGGCCUAUUCCGUCUCCAAGGUGAUCGGCACGAUCCUCGGCCUGAGCAACAAAAGCGUGAGGAAGAAACGGCCGUCUCUGAGCAUAUGAUGCGUCGGGUCGACCUUUAUAGGAUCUUGUUCGCUCCGUGACGGGAGCUUUGUUUUUAUUUCUGUACAGAAACAGAAACCCUUUUGUUAUCUCUGAUGAUGUUAAAUCGAAGAGAUUUGUCGACUGAAGGCUCAAAAGAUUAUCAAUUAUGGCUUGCGUAAAGGCCCGAACGCAUUGAGGAGGCAUCGAAAUGUUUACAAUAAAGAUUUUGAUUUUUGUGUAAAUAAAUUGUAUAAUAGUAUUGCGUACUGUAUCCGUUGUUAUUUAGAUUUAAGUUUUAGCUCCGAGUUCUGUUGUGUAAUCAUAAUUUUCCCGAUUUAAAUAUGAAGAUUUAAGAUAUUCAUUUGUAUGUAAUAUGUAAGAAUAUUUUUUUUGCUAACUUGCUUUCGAAGUUUUAUUUUCUAAAGAAUACUACAAUUUAUAUGUAGACAUACUCAUGUUUUUCAUUGAUUUGUAUAUAUUUGAUGGUCCUUUGAACUGUCAUGUUUAAAGUUAUCUUAUUCCGUAAUAUUUUUUAAAUAAUAAAUCCCAAAAUGCUUCGCUGAAUAGAAAAGUAUGGAUGAGUUUUGGUGUUUUAGUGCGAGCUUAAUCGUUAUUACGUUUAUAUAAAAUACCCACCUAUUUAACAAAUUAUAAAGGCGGUCACGGCCGAUGUUUAAUUGUUUCAAUUUGGAAGCAACUCCAGAAGUGUAAAAUAAUGAAAAAUACAGAUUCAAAAUAGGAAAAAAAAAUUAAUCCAAUUAAAAAUAGAAAUAAAGCAAAGAAAAACAGGCAACAUUGAUGAGAUAAUAGGAUGUUUUAAACCUAUAGUCGGAUUUGUAAAUUACGUAAAAGCUAUGUACGUACGUGCUUGGAUUGCUAGUAUAUUUACAACACUUGUCACUAUAAAAGCCGAGUUGCGUGUUUCAAAAUUAAAUAUACAGUUAAAUUGAUACUUAUUUUCAUACUCUUGAAAGAAAUAAAUACCUCCAUUGUUUUCAAAAGUGUCGUUGAGUAGUCCAAAGUUGUUAGGACCAAGAAUACGUUUAAGUAUAAACACAAAAAUGAGACUGAUCCGUCUAUUAAAAAGAAAUGUUAACGUUGUACAAUUUGUUACAUUUUUAAUCUAUUAUACGAUUUCUUCUAUUUAUUCUGAAUAAAAUGGACAUGUAUACGAAG